UCAUUUUGCAUUUUUUUUACUCCAGAACUUUAAAUUUUCACCAAAAAAAACAUCACUCCCUCUUCAAAAAAACAAAUAACUCUCACAAAACUCUCCCUCUCUAACUUUCUCUCUCCUCCAUCAACAAUGGCGGGUGGACUUCACUCAUCCCUCAAACCAGCAUCUUCAUCAUCAUCAAACCAAUCUUUCAGUUCAAAAAUCCUCCUUCUGCUCACUCUCCUCCCUUUUACGCUCGCCUCGUUUGCCUUUGUUCUUCAAUGGCGCGGUGGUGUUACAGACCCUUCUACGCGCUACUCCGCCGAAGAUCACAAGUUUCCAGGCAUGGAUAGCUCUCCUCCUACAACUACUAUGAAAACUUCUCAUCUUUCACGUUCUGAUUGUGGGCCCCUUUUAAGCCAUUCUUCCCCGUCUUUUCCUUAUUAUCGCGAUUGGAAGUUUCAUUACCAAACCGAUCUUAAGCCCAAGAUUGCUAUCACGACGAGUACCUCAGCAAGUCUGGAGCAGAUUUUGCCAUGGAUGUUCUUCCAUAAGGUUAUUGGGGUCACUACAUUUUACCUUUUUGUGGAAGGGAAGGCUGCAUCUCCAAAAGUUACAAGGGUUUUGGAAUCUAUCCCGGGUGUUAAAGUUAUUUAUAGAACUAAAGAACUAGAGGAGCAACAGGCUAGAAGUCGGAUAUGGAAUGAGACAUGGCUGGCAAGUUUCUUUUACAAGCCAUGCAAUUAUGAGCUAUUUGUGAAGCAGUCUCUUAACAUGGAGAUGGCAAUUGUCAUGGCUAGGAAUGAUGGUGCUGAAUGGAUUCUUCAUCUUGAUACCGAUGAGCUAAUACAUCCAGCUGGUACUCGGGAGUAUUCAUUGAGACAACUGCUGCUUGACGUUCCUGUGAAUGUGGAUAUGGUUGUUUUUCCAAAUUAUGAAAGCAGUGUGGAGCGUUAUGAUAUCCAAGAUCCUUUCAGUGAGGUAUCAAUGUUUAAGAGGAACUAUGAUCAUCUCCCAAAGGAUACAUACUUUGGCAUGUACAAGGAAGCUACUCGAGGAAAUCCUAAUUACUUCUUGACCUAUGGAAAUGGGAAAUCCAUUGCUCGAGUCCAAGAUCAUCUACGUCCUAAUGGUGCCCACCGGUGGCACAAUUAUAUGAAGACUCCUAAUGAGAUCAAAUUCGAAGAAGCCGCUGUUCUGCAUUUUACGUAUUCAAAAUUUUCAGACUUGACUUCUAGACGUGAUCGAUGUGGAUGCAAGCCCACAAAAGAGGAUGUUAAAAGAUGCUUCAUGUUGGAAUUUGAUAGAGCGGCGUUCAUAAUUGCUUCAACUGCAACUGAGGAAGAAAUGCGAAAGUGGUAUCAAGAACAUGUUGUAUGGGGAGACAAAGCGCUAAACCUGAAACUUUUAAGGAAGGGCAUUUUAACUCGCAUAUAUGCUCCCAUGGUGAUUGUUCAAGGUUUGAGAGAGUCUGGUGUUUUUACUUCUAUUAUUGAAUCUGCUUCAACGCCUCUCUCAAAGGAUAAAUUCUUAUCUUCAAUAGAGAGUUCAAAUUCAACAAGACCUGAUGACACAGUAACUUCCUCGAGGAAGGUAGGUAAAGUGACAGAUUCUCAGGCAACUGUGAGGAAGGUCCUGCAGUUUACUGAUGCAGCAACUCAUGAAGCUGCUGUUCCACCAUUGCCAUCACCAGGUGUUGUUGAUGAUGAUGAUGAUAUGCUCGAUUCGUGAUAGAUCUGACAACUCACAUUUAUUUACAGAUUCCUAUUCUUCUACCCAUUAGUUAGCCACAUGAUUAAACGAUAUUUUAGAUGUUUGGUACAGAAUGGGGUGAAAUAGGAGGGAAGAGGUUUUAUCUUAUGAUUUCUUCCCAAUCAUUGCCCAAGCGCUUUGUACACAGAGAGAGAGAGAGAGAGAGAGAGAGAGAGAGAGAGAGAGAGAGAGAGAGAGAGAGAGACAGAAAGGGAUUGGGUGGUAGCAGAUCAUUUUUUGGCCUGUUUGUUUCUAGUGCUGGCCCUAUGCCUGAGUCUAGAAAUCGGGGUCUCGUAUUAUGUACAGAAACUCAUGGCUGAUAUGAUGAGAGUCCGAGAGGCGAUUGUUUCAGUACUUAGAUAUACAUAGACAUAGUGUAGGAACACCUUGAUACUUCAUUCUUUGAAUGGAUUUGUUUUCAAGUCA